CGUUUCUCUUUCUCUUUCUCUCUCUAAAAAUUCUCUCUCUCUCUCUCCAAAACUUCUCUGCAAAUUUCGGCUUUAUUUUUUUUCAAAUUAAGGCAACGUUUCGGCUUCUUAGAGCUCCCGAUUCCUGAGAUCCCCAUGAGAAAUUGUUGAAAGCUCAUACAGAAAAUAUAAAUUGUGCACCAUCUUGGGUAGCAUAUUUAUCGAAUAACUGGUGAAAUUAGUGACAGUGAGGUGGGGUGUCUGAAAUUGUUUGUAUUUAUACUGGUGAGAGUGCCCAGAUUGUAUUUGUGAUCCUUUUUCUUAGAGGGGUUGCUUAUUUCUUUUGUUUUCAUAUCGAUUGAGUGGGCUGAGCAUAUUAAUUAUUGUAAAAAUACUAAGUCAGGCCUGGCUCUGGAGAGCUACUUAGACUCUGGCCACCAAAGGGCGGUGCCUCCUAUGGUGCCUUCUCGGGUGGCUGGAGGAAUAGCUCAGUCUUCACCAAGUUCUGGAAUUUUCUUCCAAGGGGAUGGGCAGUCUCAGCUUGUAGUUAACUCACACUUGAGCUCAUCUUUCGGGAACUCUUCUAAUUCCAUUCCCGGAACUGGGCGUUCAAAUCUCGGUCCGGUUUCUGGGGACAUGAAUAAUGCAGUUUUGAGCGGUGUGGCGAACUCAGGUCUAAGUGUUGGGGCAAGUUCUUUGGUCACAGAUGCAAACUCUGUACUUUCUGGAGGUCCCCAUUUGCAAAGAAGUGCAAGCAUCAAUAACGAGUCAUACAUGCGCUUACCAGCAUCACCCAUGUCCUUCUCUUCCAACAAUAUUAGCAUGUCAGGGUCAUCGAUUGUGGAUGGGUCUUCCGUAGUGCAACAAAAUUCUCAUCAUGACCAGAAUUCUCAACAAAUUCAGCAGAAUCAGCAACACCAGAACCAACGGCAGCAAGGGCCUUCUAGUGCUACUUCCUUACCAACAUCCCAAACUGGUCAGGUUUCCCUUCCCAUGGGAGCGCGAGUACCUGGAACCUUUAUUCAGGAUCCAAACAAUUUGGCCCAUGUCGAGAAAAAACCCCGUCUGGAUAUCAAGCAGGAAGAUAUUCUACCGCAACAGGUGAUACAACAGUUACUGCAAAGACAGGAUCCAAUGCAACUCCAAGGUCGAAAUCCCCAGUUACAAACCAUGCUUCAGCAACAGAGAUUACGGCAACAGCAACAGCAACAGAUUUUGCAGUCAAUGCCUCAACUCCAGAGGGCCCAGUUGCAGCAGCAGCAGCAGCAGCAGCAACAACAACAACAGUUGAGACAACAGCAAUUUCAACAACAAGCAAUGCAGCCAGUAUCUUCCAUUAAGCGCCCCUAUGAUGGUGGCGUAUGUGCUCGUAGGCUGAUGCAAUAUUUAUACCACCAGCGGCAACGACCUGCUGACAAUAGUAUUGCUUAUUGGAGGAAGUUUGUUACAGAGUAUUACUCUCCUCGUGCGAAGAAAAGAUGGUGCCUGUCAUUAUAUGAUAAUGUUGGGCAUCACGCACUCGGUGUUUUCCCUCAGGCUGCUAUGGACGCGUGGCAAUGUGACAUUUGUGGUUCUAAAUCUGGAAGGGGUUUUGAGGCGACAUUUGAAGUGCUUCCUAGACUUAAUGAAAUCAAAUUUGGCAGUGGAGUCAUCGAUGAGCUUUUGUUCUUGGACUUGCCACGUGAAUGUAGAUUUCCUUCUGGUGUCAUGAUGUUGGAGUAUGGGAAAGCAGUUCAAGAGAGUGUAUAUGAGCAACUUCGUGUUGUUCGGGAGGGUCAGCUUCGUAUCAUAUUUACGCAAGAUUUAAAGAUAUUGUCUUGGGAAUUCUGUGCAAGACGACAUGAAGAACUUCUUCCUCGUAGGUUGGUUGCUCCGCAGGUGAAUCAGUUGGUUCAAGUUGCUCAGAAAUGUCAAAGCACAAUAGCUGAAAGUGGAUCCGACGGGAUCUCUCAGCAGGAUCUACAAACAAACAGCAAUAUGGUACUGACAGCUGGACGGCAGCUUGCAAAGAGUUUGGAGUUGCAGUCGUUAAAUGACUUGGGUUUUUCCAAAAGAUAUGUGAGGUGUUUGCAGAUCUCAGAAGUUGUCAAUAGCAUGAAGGACUUGGUUGACUUCUGCAGGGAGAACAAAGUUGGGCCAAUUGAGGGCUUGAAGGUUUAUCCUCGGCAUGCUACCGCGGCCAAGCUCCAGAUGCAAAAGAUGCAGGAAAUGGAGCAGUUAGCAAGUGCUCAGGGUUUGCCCACCGACAGGAACACACUCAAUAAGCUAAUGGCAUUGCAUCCUGGACUGAAUAACCAAAUGAAUAACCACCAGAUGGCUGGUGGGCGUGGAGCUAUGAGCGGUUCAGCACAAGCUGCUCUGGCACUAACUAAUUACCAGAAUCUGCUCUUGAGGCAGAACUCAAUGAAUUCAAAUGCGAACUCUCUUCAACAGGAGGCAUCUUCUUCCUUCAAUAAUUCCAAUCAUAGCCCAUCUUCAACAUUCCAAGGAGGUGCCGCUGCUUUAAUACCAGGAUCCAUGCAGAGCUUACCUGGUAGUGCCUUGUCAAGUCCCCAUCUACCCUCGCGACAGCCGCAGCAGCUGCAGCAGCGGUCACUUAGUUCCAAUAGCUUGCUACAACAAAAUCAUUCAACCGGCUCCCAAGGCAACCAGGCCUUGCAGCAACAGAUGAUCCAGCAACUGCUACAGGAGAUGUCCAAUAACAGCGGGGGAGGACAACAAUCUCUUCCCAGUCCAAGCGCAAAUGGGAGUGUGGGAAGGAAUGGAUUGAGUUUUGGAGGCAACAAUCCAGCUGCAGCUCCAUCCACCUCCAAUAUGUCUGGUAGUCACGGCCCUGCUCCAAGCAGGAGUAACAGCUUCAAAGCCACUGCAAACAGUGACUCUUCCGCAGGAGGUGGUGGCGGCGGUGGUAACAAUGCCUACAACCAGCGAGCCCCGGAUUUACCCUCAAACCUUCACCUGCAGGAGGAUCUGGUACAAGACAUUGCCCGUGAAUUCACAGAAAAUGGUUUCUUUAACAGCGAUCUUGACGAUACCAUGUAUGGCUGGAAGGCGUGACGCUAACAUAAUUUGGCCUAAAUUGGCUCCCAUUGGGUAUGUGGCCGGCAUAUAUCUUUGUACAGGACAAUUUAAAAUAGCAGUUUUUCACCCCCUUUCGUUUCGAUUUGGUCUCAGUAUUGUUGUGACAUCGUGCACUUGUACUUGGGUAGUUCAGUUGAGUAGGAAUUUUUUGUGUUUUUUGAAGGUGUUUAUGUGUCUCCGUGUCUUGCAAGUGUAAUCUAUUGGACCAAAAACAACUCUUGAGAACAGCUUUAAAUUUCCCAGUUAUAUGAUAUUUUACAUAUUUCACUUCUGGUUUCUGCAAA